GUUUGUCGUCAGGUGGAAGAUACACUGGCCGACUUAGCGGCUACCUCAAACCGGAUAGAAUGUCCCGUUAUAUAUCAUUUGGAUGUGGGAGCAAUGUACCCGAACAUCAUCCUCACCAAUCGACUACAACCUUCAGCGGUCGACUCGGAUUCAACUGCACGUUGUUCGGAUUGUCAUUUCUAUAAGCCGGGGGUAUCCUGUCAACGUUUCAUGCCAUGGACAUGGCGUGCCGAACUAUGGACCGCCUCUCGUCCAGAAGUCUAUCGAAUUCAAGCGCAGUUAGCUCAGGAGAGGUUUCCCGUGAAAGUGACAAAUCCCGUAGACGGCCAGACUCGAACGGAACUGAAAGCGUUUCAUGAAUUGUCAACCGAAGAGCAAGCUGCUGUCGAGAAAAAGAGACUGACUGACUUCUGCCGCCGGGCUUAUAAACGCAUUCAUACCACCCGGACGGAAGAGCGUCAGGCGAUG